CAAUUCUCAUGCCCCUAUCAAAUCCAGCCUAGGGGGGAUCCAUCUUCUUCAUCUCUUUCUCUCUUCUUCUUUCUGUUGAUCCAGAUCCAUUACUAUUACUCCAUCUGUUUUCUGCUUAAUUUUCUUUAAUUUUUUUGUUCAUUCCCUAGCUAAUAAGUGGGUACUACUCAUAUUCCAUCCAUCAUCGGAGAAGAUCCUAUAGCAUUAACAUGGCAAAUUCAUCAUCUGGGAUGGCUGUACAUGAUGAAUGCAAGCUCAAGUUCUUGGAGCUAAAAGCAAAGAGGAACUAUCGAUUCAUUGUGUUUAAGAUUGAAGAGAAGAUCCAACAGGUGAUAGUAGAGAAGCUUGGGAAUCCUGAUGAAACCUAUGAUGAUUUCACUGCCUCCAUGCCCGAAAAUGAGUGUCGUUAUGCUGUCUAUGAUCUUGAUUUCACUACCAACGAGAAUUGCCAGAAAAGCAAGAUCUUCUUCAUUGCAUGGGCACCUGACACAUCCAGGGUGAGGAGUAAGAUGCUUUAUGCAAGCUCGAAGGACAGAUUCAGGAGAGAAUUGGACGGGGUUCAAGUGGAGUUGCAAGCAACAGAUCCAAGCGAGAUGAGCUUUGAUAUCAUUAAGGGGCGAGCUCUCUAAAUCAUCUUAUAGUAUUCAUUCACUGUUAUCUUCAAGACAAAGCCUGAUUGUCCUGAUCUAUUAUUGUUCGAGUACUUGUACUCGAGAUCAUCUAUACCUCUUUUCCGGUGACUUUUUUUUUUUUUCUCUUUUCUUUGGAUCAUUCAUGUUUUGGUUGAGUCUGGAAAUUACGAUAUAAUUUCAUGUUAUAGAUUCUUAAUUUGUUGGAGUACUACUGGCAUAUGCAGGGAUUUCUUAA